AUUUUUGACCAGUUUUUUUUCAGAUGUAAUUUAUUUAAAAUGGAGCUUAUUAUCUGGGCUGUGUUACUCGUGGGUGUGUUUGGUGUUGAGGAAGAGAAAAAGACGAAUAUCACUUUCUCUCCUUGUCCGGAUACCUGCUCUUGUACGCACUCCGAGGACGGGAGUAUUAACCAAGCGUCCUGUAAGGACAGUAACCCGGAGUAUAUAUUCUCCAUGGUUCCCAACACCAAACAUCUAAUUAUAUCCGGGUGUUCUAAACCUCUGACUCAUGUUAAUAUAACAACCCAGAGCGUUGGGUUUAUUGAGUCCUUGCUCCUCGACGGAUGUUUGAUAGACCCUUCCUCUGUCCAGAACUUCAAAGUGUUCUUCUCCCUGGCCAGGUUGGAGAUCCUAAACACAAGGGACCCCGACCUAAUCCUCCUCGAUUGCAAUGUCGUAAAGAACUUGGAGCUGAUCAAUCUCUCCGGGAACAGAUUAACCUCGAACCCGAUUCUGAACUGUUCUGCUCCGUUUCUCAGGAACUUAAACCUGUCGGAGAACAGCCUUUCUGAGUUCGAUUUCGGAGAUAUCUCCGGGUACCGUGAUCUUGUUUAUCUGGAUUUAAGUGCAAACCCUCUCCUAGAGCUGGUUCCUCCUGAGACGGAUCUGUCUCUGACUAAACUCUUACUCCGGGAUAACCGUUUACUGAGGACAGUUUGCUCGCAAACCUUCCGUUCUACACCUAAUCUUAAACAUCUAGAUAUAUCUUUCACGAAUAUUCAGCAGGUUCCCUUAGGUUUAAUUCAACUCAAGAAUAUUGAAGAGCUAGGAAUAGAAGGAUGGAUUCCUACCUGUGAUUGUCAAACUGCUGUCAGGUUGCAGAGUGUUGACAGUAGAGAUUUGUAUACUGGACUCCAAUGUUUAUCGCCUGUAUCCGGGACUAGGUUUAACUUCACAGCUCCGGGUCUACUUAAUAGCUUGGACUGCGGAGAAAUACAAAUCCAGGUACCAAGGGGAAAUUAUUAAUGAACUAUCUUUUUA